AUGGCUACCACAGACGUUCAGAAAUCCUAUCGAUUGUCCUUGAACGAUCUACCGACUGAACUGCUUGAGCACAUCGUUUCGAGUAUCGAUCUCAACCGGUCCGAUCGAGUGCUAGGUCAUAUUCCAGACGACCCUCCUCCAAAUCAGCCAGAUCCUUAUCUCAUUCGCGACUUCCUGGCCAGUUGUGCUCCGCUUUGUAGCCUUUCAUUGGCGAGCAGGAGAUUUCGAGACAUUGCUCAGAAACACAUAUUCACGGCCCCUGUAUUGGGAGGCUUCGCUUUUCGAUUUCCCAACGAUCUGAGUCAUGCACGCGUCGCGUACUUCCUGCGUACAAUAUUCGCUCGCCCUGACUUCAGACGAUAUGUCAAGCAAAUUCGUCUCUGCUUUCCUCGGAGCGGUGAACCUGCCGACCAAAGAAGUGAUCCAGAAGAAUCAAAUCUCAAGGCGCUCCCCCUCAACCUUGUGAUUCAAGUCGUAUGUCCCUCUCGCAAUUUCAUCGAAGCGCUCAACUUGCCCGCGGACAUCAAAGAGGCAUGGAGAAGCUCAAUGAAUCUGGACUACAGAUAUGCCCUACUGCGCAUAUUACGGGUGCUUCUACCACAAAUUGAACGAUUCUCACUCUCAGAAGUCAGUUCAGAUGCAUGGCUAUACGCGCAAGAUCGUGUGCUUAACGUCGAUGGCAUAGAUGGCUUGAAUAUGAAUGCCAAGAUGGGUUUGCCAUGCGCUCGAAAUCUUAAAUUUCUGAAACUGUCGAGUCUCACGCCAAUUCGCCUAGACGGCCUUAAUGUCUUUCCGAACUUGGACACUCUUGACAUUAGUAUCAAAUUAGCUGGAUUGGACAACCAUGAGGUGCAACAUCUUUCGAGAUUAUACGGUGGCUCUGACGCCCUGGAAACGUUUCGUUCCAUUCGUCACCUUCGUUUGGACUGCCAGAUAAAGACUGUCGGCAUUUGGGACUUCUCAGCUCGCAGCGGCAUGACGCACAUUUUACAAGCCUUUCCCAAGCUUGCAAGUCUGGAUUUCUAUGCUGAGGCUUCGUCAGAAAAGAACCCUUUCAGAUCUGUGCGUGCGUUUCCCCAUUACCAGGCCAACAUACAGACAUACCCUGAAGCACCGCUGCUCUCUGACUAUGAUGCCUCUACCGGAGAUACAUAUUGGGAUGAGCGUCUGUAUGCAGCUCGUACAGAAUGGACAGACUACCAGUAUCUGGUUGACUCUUUAGUCCACGUUAGACCGCACUUGCAAUUCUUACGUCUACCCGGUGGAUUCUGGACACUUCCUGGCGCCACGCGGAAACCGCUCCCAAGAUUUGAGUUGUUUUCACAAUUGCGACGUUUGGCCCUUCCACAAGCAGCCAUACUUUCCACCAAGCUCUUCAACAUGCGACACCCAGAGACAGUCGUGGGAGACUUCAAUCUGACGCCGAUAGAUGUUCUACCACCUGGGCUGAAGUAUCUAGAGAUAUUUGAUGCCGAUUCCGAAUUGUUGCAAUCGCGUUGGAUGCAGGUGCUUUUUGAAGAGCACUCAGCUGGUGGGCGCUGGCCAGACUUGCAGGAGAUGGAGUUCCUGUUCGGGCCUCCAUUCAGCGACGAAGAACUUCAAAAUUUACUAGCCAAAAGCAGUUGGACAGAGUUCUGGACAUUAGCAUCUCGCGCUGCUUUCCAGGUGCAUUGCAAACGAGACGACAAAACACCCAUGGUUGACAUGUAA